CCAGCCCGUCGCGCGCAGGCGCGGUGGCGCGGCGGCCCAGCCCUGCGGCCCCGCCCCAGCGAGGAGGGCCCACCUCCGUCCCUAGUAGGCCUGGGUCUCCCGGGCGCGCACCGGAGCGAUGCCUCGCUAUUGCGCAGCUAUUUGCUGCAAGAACCGCCGGGGACGCAACAAUAAGGACCGGAGGUUGAGUUUUUACCCGUUUCCCCUACAUGACAAAGAAAGGCUUGAAAAAUGGUUAAAGAAUAUGAAACGUGAUUCUUGGAUGCCCAGUAAAUACCAGUUCCUGUGCAGUGACCAUUUCACUCCUGACUCUCUUGACAUCAGAUGGGGAAUUCGAUACUUGAAGCACACUGCGGUUCCAACAAUAUUUUCUUUGCCUGGAGACAAUCAGGAAGAAGACCCUUCCAGAAACAACUGUCCGAAGAAACAAACAGGUGACGAGAAAGAAGUGUGCCUGAAAGCCAAGUCACAAAAGUCUUCUGUGUCACAAGAGCUGGAGACAAAUACAGCGAACCCAGCCGUCCUCCCCGAGCAAGCCCAGCCCCCCGCCCCCUCUGCCCUGGCCAGGCCCCGGGCUCCAAACACAGGGAGUAUGCAGAAUAACAUAGUCAUUCUCACUCUCGUUAAUCAAGAUACGGGAAAACCUGAAUCGACCUUGGAAACGUCAGUUAACCAAGGCAUAGGUGUGGGUGGGUUUCACACAUCUUUUGAGAAUCUAAAUUCUACAGCUGUUACUUUGACAACCUCAAAUUCAGAAGGUAUUCGGCAAUCUCUGGAAACCCAAGAAGUGUUUGAAAUAACUACCAGUCAUCUUGCCAAUCCAAACGUCACAAAUAAUUCCAUAGAAAUUAAGACAGCACAGGAAAAUCCAUUCUUACUCAGCACAAUUACUCAGACAGUUGAAGAAUUAAACACAAACGAGGAAUCUGUUAUUGCCAUUUUUGUACCCACAGAGAAUUCCAAACCUACAAUUAAUUCUUUUAUACCUGCGCAGACAGAAGCCGUGGACCCGGAGGACGUAGGCACUGACGAUUCCUUAUAUAAGGACGUAGACUAUGAGACAGAAGUUCUACAGAUUGAACACUCUUACUGUAGACAGGAUACAAAUAAGGAACAUCUUUGGCAGAAAGUCUCCAAACUACAUUCAAAGAUAACUCUUCUUGAGCUACAAGAGCAACAAACUCUAGGGAGACUGAAGUCUUUGGAAGCUCUCAUAAGGCAGCUGAAACAGGAGAACUGGCUCUCGGAAGAAAAUGUCAAGAUUAUAGAAAACCACUUCACAACAUACGAGGUUACUAUGAUGUAGAAAGGUCUCAAAGCUAUGGCUUUUCUGUAAGCACUUUGCAGCCAAACCAAAUUAUAUGUAAAGCGAACUUUCUCCUGCAUGAAGUUCUCGUCUUCAUGAAGCUAGGAGAGCGCUCUCAUGUUGUGAGCUGCACUCUGUUCUUGAACUCCUCAAUUUUGGGGGAAAGCUAGAGCGUUGUUGGGCUGUAGAUACAAAGUUUUAUUACUUGGCAAUUUAAAGUAUAAUGAGUAGGUAAGAGGAUUUUGUCAUAAAAGGAGAGAGUACAGGUAUGGUAAGAAGGGCCCACAGUAAGUCAGGCUCAGGAAUAAUGCUGGUUCUACCAUUGGCGUGUGACUAAGGCAAGUUGCUUGUCAAGGUUAAGCCUCAGUCUCUUAAUCUAUAAAGUCAGAGCACUUCACUAGAUCUUAAAAGCAGUGUGUUUACAAUCCCUUCCCUUUCUAGUCACAUGUUUUUAAUAGAACAACUUUUCUCCAAGGUGAUCUGUAGGGACAUAAUACUGGGUAUUGGCUAGAAUUUGAUUUUAUUAGCUAUUGAAUUAUCCUUGAUAUUUAUUGAAUUGUGUGGUGUUUGACCUUUUGGCUAAAGUCAUUCAUAAUAACGAAGGAAAAUACUCCUUUUGUAAUUUUAUUCCAGUUGAACUAAAGCGAUUCAUCCAUUAGCCUAGUUCCUAAGAGAGGUACUUUACACUUGAAAGAAUAUGUAUUUCAGUACCUCAUGUGUGGCUGACUGUCAUAAAGAUACAUAGUCAUUUAAGCUUCUUAAUACUGUAUAUAUAAGAUUAUAAUUUAUAAACCAAAAGUUUUAAUGAGGUUAAUUUUUUAAAUAUAUUACUAUAUUUUAGAAAACAUCCUUUGUAUCUAAUAUGUGUAGCUUUUUAAAAUGUGUGCAUGUGUCAUUUUUAAAUCCAGAAUGAUAGAGUAAUACUUAAUACUGUACAUUCCCACUUAAGUAUAUUUUAUUAAAAUUUAUAUUCAGCAAAUUAUAGAUAUGUAAUGAUGACCUUCAACAAAUAGGAAAAAGAAGUGACAGCGAUGUAAAUAAUACUGUGUAUAGCCAUAUGAAUUUAAGAAAAAACAUACAAGCAAAGCCUUAGUGAUGACAACAGAAAUGCGAAAAAUAGAUGAUCAGUUAAAAUUGGAAGUUAAUGUAAUUAAAUAUGUUACUGUUUAUGGUAUUGAGCAAGUUCCUAUCAAUCUGAUUCUUCGUUUUCUUUUAUAUGAAAAAUGCUAUUUAUCUUGAGGGAUGAUUUUGAUAUCUGCAAGGUGACAGUUAUGUUUUUAGUCCUGGAAGAUGGGAGGAGCAGCUCAGUAAAUAUUAGUUGACUGCACAGCAAAUAGUACACUAACAGUAAAUGCAUGGUGCUUAUUUCUGGCUACGUUUCGCUUAGUGUUUUCAGGCUAAUAAAAUUAAUUGGCAUUAUAUGAAUAUAAGUCAGUUAAUUACCAAAAUUGAUUAGAGGUGUCCUUAUUGGGGGACCCUGUGGGGUGGGGGAUAAGCUUAAUAUUUUACGUAAAUUAUGAUCAUUGGUAGAGUUAAUAUGUUAUCUUUAAGUAUUUCCAUGUUGCAUUUCGCUAAUACUUUAAAACUAGCGCAGAUGAAGAUGGCCUUUAUCAGUUAUUAAAAGUGUUGCAACUCAGUUUUUAACUGUAUACCUUGUCGUUAUUGUCUCUUUGUUUAAAGUUAUUUAACUCGUCUUAGUUCUUUGAACUGAAUAAAUGAGAAAUAUGUACAAU